UUUUGCGGACACUCUAAUUUUUUUCGCACUAAAUAUGUGUAGUGGUCUAAAACAUGUGUUUGAGUGGUCUAGAACAUGUGUUGUUCAGUAAAAAGUGGAAACGCAUGAGCACAACAUAAACAAUCUCAUAUGGUCAGGAAGAGGGCGACGGAUGGGAUCGACCUAGAUUUCAUUACUGAUUGAAUCCCCAAUAGUUGAAAUCCCCAAUUCAAACCGGUGUUGAUGAUGGCCGCCGCCGCCGCCGCCGCCACAUCAACCCAGCAGUGCCACCUCCUCCGGCUAGUCCUAUCUUGCCGCAAAAUUACAGCUCAGGUGACCCACCCCCAGACGGCCUCCAUCAUCGCGAUGGCUUCAUCGGCCGAGCAAGAGUUCGCGGCUCAGCAUAGAGCCAGGCUGAACCGCUUCCCCCGGUCCCACAACUUCUGGGAUUCAAAGAUCGCCGCCAGGGUCGGCGAGAAGCUCGGCCACCGCCUUAACGAAGCCGGCGUCUUGCAAGUAGAAAUUGAUCACCGGGAAGAACUCGCCAGGCCCAUUCACCACCGUAAGAUGGUGUCGCCGCUCUUCGAUGCCGUUAAGCGCGCAGGUAUCGGCUUAGCAGGCGGCGAGAAAUUGGAGGCCUGGACUUUGAGCUAGUUUUUGGGUCGUUUGGCUAUUGGGCCUGUGAAAAAAACGUGAUGGAUCUGGGCUUUUAGAUCCAGUUAGAUUACUCUACACAUAUCCAAGUGAUCCAACCAAAUUUUUAUGUAGCAAUAGUACUCCAUUUCCCAAGGAUCUUAUUCUCAGAACUAACAAAUCAGACUCAAUUUUGUAUUUCUUGAUUUCCCUACUUUCACACAAGUUUCAAGUUUGUUGUGUUUAAUUUGUUAGCAAAUGAUGUUGAAUUUGGUAAUAAUAAUAUUUUCUGCAAAA